UAUGCAUUAAGCAAUGAGCAUUCGUUCAUUUUUCAUUUUGCCGUUGAAAGUGAUUCGUAUAAUAUGAUAUCUGUGUAUAAGUUAUAUCCAGUCGAUCAAUAAAAAGCCUGACCGUUAUAGUAGCGUGAGUGCACCAUUAAAUGCAGAGCGCAUCAUCAUCAAACAACACGUAUCGAGUCCUGUGAGCAACUUCUGGUUUCUUUAAUUUUUGCAGCUGUGAGCCAGGUCUGAUUGUGCUGCUUUUGAUAUUCUAAUCGUGUUGGAAUAAUAUACCUAUUCAAGUCUUACAAAUUUGUGUAUUAGAUCUUAGAUAUCAAAACACAAUGUCAGGCCUACAAAAUUAUAGUUCUCAGUUUCUUAAGUACACAAGACUUUUCAAUAAUGUCUGUUUGGCCCGUUUACGUUCAAAUACUGCUACAUCAUUUGAAGUGAUUCAACGAGAGAGAAAAGUGUCUGCAAACAAUUAUCAUCCUAGCUCCGUGGUUAUCAGCAGGGGAAAAGGGAUUUAUAUGUGGGACGUUGAAGGAAAAAAAUACUACGACUUUGUGGGAGGAUUUGCCACCCUCAAUCAGGGUCACUGUCAUCCCAAAAUUAUUAAGGCCAUGACAGAUCAAUUAAAUAAACUUCAUCACACGUCAAGAGCUAUAUUUCAUGAUUCGCUUUAUGAACUUAAUGAGUUCUUGACUGAACAAUUUGAAUAUGAAAAAGUUUUGAACAUGAAUACUGGUGUUGAAGGAGGAGAAUCUAGUAUCAAGAUUGCUAGAAAAUGGGGAUAUAGGGUGAAAAAUAUUCCACAUAAUCAAGCGGAAGUUGUAUUUGCUCAUGGUAACUUUUGGGGGAGAACAAUUGCCGCCAUUUCUGCAUCCACAGAUCCAACAUCCUUCGAUGAAUUUGGACCUCUUGUUCCUGGUUAUCAAAUAGUGCCUUAUGAUGAUUUAAAAAAAUUGGAGCAAGCAUUGAAAAAUCCAAACGUGUGCGCAUUUAUGGUAGAACCAUUACAAGGCGAAGCAGGAGCAGUUGUGCCUACUCUAGGCUACUUGAAAGGAGUUCGUGAGCUUUGCACAAAAUACAACGUUCUUUGGAUUGAUGAUGAAGUACAAGCUGGAUUGGGUAGAACCGGAAAAAUGUUAGCAGUCGAUUAUGAAAACGUCAAACCUGAUCUGUUGAUUCUAGGAAAAGCACUUUCCGGGGGAGUCUAUCCGGUUUCUGUGGUAUUGGGUAACAGUGAAGUAAUGGAUGUCCUUACUCCUGGUACUCAUGGGUCUACAUAUGGUGGGAAUCCAUUAGCAUGCAAGGUCGCGCUGGCUUCACUAGACGUAAUCAUAAGCGAAGGCUUGGUAGAAAACGCAUUUAAGAUGGGCGAGAUCUUCAGGUCUGAACUCACUGCUCGUUUGGACGAAAAAAAAUUAAUUCAAGUCAGAGGAAGAGGCUUGCUGAAUGCUAUCGUGUUAAAUACAAAUGGCGUAUCCAAUUAUGUCUACAAAUUAAACAAUGAGUUGAAAACUAAUGGAUUGAUUUCUAAGCCUAUUGGGUCAGACGCAUUGAGAUUCUCGCCACCAUUAAUAAUCACAGAAGAACAAUUACGUGCAGGAAUUGACAUAAUUGUAAACACUAUAAAUAAUUUUAAUAAUUAAAUAUUUAUCUUUAAUAUAAAAGCAAAAACGAUGUACUUUUUAUAAAUUAAUUCAUUCAUUACAACUAAAUAUACUAUAAUUAUUACUAUUUUAUAAGUUAUAAUAUUAUGAGAACUGAAAGAUUGUAAUUCAUAAAUUCAUACUCAUUUUAUCAAUAUCAUUAAACACGUCAU